AACAGAACUUUAUUGUACGUAAAUGAACAUAGGAACAUUCGAAAUUGUUGGAGGAUUCAUGCUCUUCUUCGUUAUCAUUGUAAGCAGAAGUGUCGAAUUUAUGGGAGCAGAACUCAUAUUACCCAUAGCCAAGAUCUCGUUCAAUCUUGAGCAUCGAGAGUCCUUGGAAGUAGCAUCUCCAGGGAUUUGGAUAGCUGUCUUUAUUAAAUUCAUCGCUGCUCUUUUGAAAAAAAAUAAGAAAUAUCAAAAUAGAAGAGUUUUGGACUUCAAAUUUGCAACCGUUAUCAUGCCACUAGUCUUAGUUGGUGCAUUUUGGGGCGAAGUGUUACAUUCAACAGUAGCCCCUGUUAUAGAAUCUUUGUUCUUUUGAGUAAUUGUGGCUUUCUUGUUGAUCAAAACAUAUAUCGAGCUGAUUAAGGAGUACAGGAAAUAUGUUAAGCAGCAAACUAAAAUAAAAGCAGUAAACCUUGAGAAGGAUGAAGGCUCUCUGAGCACAGCAAUGGUUCUGACAGAAACAGCUCAAAAUAGAAUUAUCAGUAAAGGUCUUGGAGAGGGAGGCCUCGGAAAUACCAUUAACCAAUCAGUAGAUGAUGAGGACUCUAAAGAUAUUGAAGACUCAGAAGAUUCAGAAGAACUAGAGAACUCUAAGUAUAUUCAGCGAGUAGAAGCACGGAGGAAGACUGUGUUUGAAGGAGUUCUAGAUAUAACUGAAGAUCCAAGAUUUGACCAAGAGUACAAGCCAAGAUACCUUAAGAGAGCUCUCCCAAUAGUAUUCAUGCUGGCAAUGCUAGUAUUCCAUCAUGUGCUCAGAGGAAGUAGAAAUUUUGAUUCAGCAAUUGGAGUUGAACAAUGAAGCCUCAAAUAUUGGCUAAUCAUGUUGGGAUAUUCCCUAAUGCUGUUCCUAGUUUUUAUCGUAGUCUUUCUUAUGACUAAAUACGAGAGCACUUAUCAUGGAGAUGUUGGAUACGAAGUAAGCUAUGAUUGGGGUCCUUGGACUUUUAUCAAAGUAAUAAUUAUUUCUAUCUUGGCUGGUUUAACUACUACAAGUGUCGGAAUUGGAUUAGCAUUUCUUUGAGCACCCCUUCUCCACUCGCUAGACUUUCCGGAGGAGAUUUCUGAGCAUACACCCUUAUUCAUAGAGUUAUUUGUCAGAAUAGUGAACACUAUUCAUUUCAUGAUCAUUGAUAUCAGUCAGUGGGCAUAUAUGCUUUGGUUUGCAGGCUGGAUAUUACCUGGAGCACUUAUAGGAUCUUUUAUUUUAUUGCCAUAUACUGAAAAGAACCAUUACAGGACUGCAAUCAUGCUUGGUAUUGGCACUAUGCUGUUAGCAAUCGCUUGAAUAGCAACAGCAGUCAUUGACGGGAUUGAGAUAGCAAGAGAUGUCAGAGAAGGAGCUCAUCUUCUUGACUGGCAAGGCUAUUGAUUUGAAGAAGGACAUGAAGAAUUUUAUAUUAGAUAAUAUAUGACGUUGACAAUCUCCAA